AUGCAGAACCUGAAAAAUGCUCUGGAAGUUUUGUUGGUUGAUAAUGAUGCAUCUGCAUCUGAAGCAACAAGCGGGCUCAACAAUAUCAGCGGGAGUAUAGCAGAGUUAUUCCAUCGAUUACCAAACUGUUCACAGAAUAAAUUACAGGACUUGUUUCUGCGGCAAAGCAAUCUGAUUGGAAGCCUGCCAACUGCAACAGUACAAUCCUUAAGGAACCUUCACAGGCUGGACCUCAGUCGUAACAAACUCAGUGGCCCUGUGCCACAGUGGAUAGGAGAGCUCACAAAGCUAACAAGGCUGGUCCUUGGCUCCAACAAACUUCAUGGGGUCAUUAAUGAAGGCCAUUUAUCACGCCUAGAUAUGUUAGAGGAAUUGACAUUGUCAGACAACUCAAUAGCCAUCACAGUGAGUCCAACUUGGGUUCCUACUUUCAGUCUAAGUUUUAUUCAUCUUCGGUCCUGCCAGCUAGGGCCUAAGUUUCCAACGUGGCUUAAAUGGCAAACAGGCAUGUAUAGUGUUGAUAUAUCAAACACGAGCAUUAAUGACAUGGCACCGGGUUGGUUUUGGGUAGCAGCUUCCUCGGCAGGGUAUCUCAAUAUCCAAAAUAAUCAGAUCACAGGAGUCCUCCCUUCAACAAUGGAAUUCAUGAGGGCAGAAGCAAUGGAUUUCAGUUCUAACCAGCUUGGUGGUACAAUACCAAAGCUUCCCAUCAAUCUAACCUACCUGGAUCUCAGUCGGAACAAUGUAGUUGGGCCACUACCGUUGGACUUUGGAGCGCCAGGGCUUAGAAUGCUUCUUCUAUAUGACAACAUGAUCUCUGGCGCCAUUCCAUCUUCUUUGUGCAAGUUGCAAACAUUGCAGUUCUUAGAUCUAUCAAGAAAUAAUUUCAGUGGGCCAAUUACCGAUUGCCUAGUCAAUGAGUCCAGCACAAACAUGACAGUUCUGAGUAUCAUUAAUCUAAGCUUAAGAGACAACCACCUCUCGGGUGAUUUUCCUUUGCUUCUCCAUAAAUGCCCAGGACUCAUCUUUCUUGAUCUUGGACAUAAUCAGUUCUCUGGGACUUUACCAGCAUGGAUAGGGGAGAAGCUAUCAUCUUUGUCAUUCUUACGACUGAGAUCCAAUAUGUUUCAUGGUCACAUUCCAGUUGAGCUUACGAAGCUUGUUCAUCUUCAAUACUUGGACCUUGCGUACAACAAUAUAUCGGGGAGCAUACCGAGAUUUAUGCUUAAUUGUACAGGCAUGAUGCAAACAGGAUUCAACACUAAUGGUCUUCAGUAUGCAUUCAGUUCUGGAGUAUCGUCUGAUGAAAAUGAACUAGUUGACUAUACUGAGAAUAUAACAGUACUCACGAAAGGCCAAGAGAGAUUAUAUACAGGAGAAAUCAUAUAUAUGGUGAAUCUUGAUUUAUCCUGUAAUAGUCUUACUGGAUCAAUACCUGCAGAAAUCAGUACUCUUGUUGCAUUGAAGAGCCUGAACUUAUCAUGGAACAACUUCAAGGGAAAUAUACCUGAGAAUAUUGGAGCCUUAAUUCAAGUGGAAUCACUCGACCUAUCACACAAUGAGCUGUCUGGCGAAAUCCCUUCAAGCUUGUCGGCUCUCACAUCAUUGAGUCGCCUGAACCUGUCCUACAACAAUCUGGGAGGAAAGAUACCAACUGGAAAUCAACUGCAAACAAUUGAAGACCCAGCAUAUAUUUAUAUUGGCAACCCCGGCCUCUGCGGUCCUCCUCUCUCCGUAAAUUGUUCGUCACAGCCCGAGCCAAUUCCAGGAGAAAACCACGGAGAUGCAAGCGACGACUUGGUUUCGUUUUUCCUCGCCAUGGGCUCUGGAUAUGUGAUGGGUCUCUGGGUGGUCUUCUGUACCUUCUUGUUCAAGAGGAGAUGGAGAGUUUCGUGGUACUCGCUCUGUGACAGCCUGUAUGAUUGGGUUUAUGUGCAUGUGGCUGUUACUUGGACUUCCUUGAGAGGUGAAAUCAAUGGGUAGAAGCUGUGAUGAGAUGACCAUCACUGGUUCUUGGUUUGCUCUCAUGAAAUUCAAUAAAUGCUUUUGAGAUUUAUCAUGAAUGUAUCAAUGGAUGUUCAGGUAUUGUAAUAGAACUAGUCAGCAUAUGUAUUGAAGGUGCAUUCCAUCGACUGAUGUUGUUAUGCUGUUUUUCAUAUUGUUUGCUCUAGACAUGUAUUCUUGGUUUGCUCUAGACAUGUAUUUUGAUAUAAUUUGGAGGUUUAUCAUGAAUGUGUAAAUUGAUAUUUCAGUGUAUUUUACUGGAACAAGUCACGCACAUGCAUGUAUGUAUUCUGAGUGCAUUGUAUUGGAACUAAACAUGCACAUGUAUGAAUUCUAGGGGCAUGCCAUCGACUGACCUUUCUAUAUAAUUAUAUAUGAUGUGUUUUGUGUGUUCUUUCUGUUGUUGGUGCUUUUCUUUUUAUAAUGAUUUAUGGUCUUUUAAAUACUAAUAUCGGGCAAAACUCAAAUGGCAAAGAUAAGGAGGAUGAAACCGUUGAUGGCAAGGAUGAUGAUAGCAUGGCAGGUGAUGAAGCUGGUUCUGAUUUUGUUCUGGCCUGGAAGAUGUUCGAUUCUGCAAGAGCAAUAGUUGAGAAGAACCCAGACAAUACGAUGGCAGGAGGUCUCUCCAUGCAAGGAGGUGGUCUCUGUUUUUAUUUAUUUAUUUGCGGGUCUGUUUUGUUUGUUGCUCCUGCAUAUAACCACUGGAUGGUUUUUAUACUCAUGUCCCUGUAUCCGAUUUACAGAUGGCAUACUG